AUGAACUUUACCAGCACAAUAUCAGGCAACAAAGCGUUAGCUACUAAAGCUGAGCCAUCUCAAGCAUCACGCUCAGCUGCUCGUGAUGCUGAUCUUAGACGACGAUUACUACAAAAACAGCAUCAAGUUGCACAACGACAGCAGCAACAACAACAACAGCAGCAGCCUCAAGACACUGCUCCACCACCUUCAACAAAUACCAACAGAAAGCUUGACCCAGUUGAAAUACAACAUAAAAAGAAACUAUUUCAAAAGUUCAAAUUCUUUUUAUACAAAAUAGAUCCUGAUCUUGAAUCUAAAAUAGCAAGAAAGAUUCUUUUAUUAGGAGCUACAAGAGAAGCCUUCUUUUCAUCGAAGUGUACGCAUGUUAUCACUACUUCAAAGUUUAUACCUGCCAAAAAGGAUGCGGCUUCUACUGAUACUGCGUCUACGCCUGACUCAAAAGAUUCCAUGGAUCCAACUAUUCAGAAUGCACAAAAAUUGGGUCUUAGUAUAUGGAGUGUAGAAGGCGCGUUAAAGAUAAUCAAUAUCUUAAUGGAAUCAUCCACAGCUAGUGCAAAGGCUCACGAAAGAGCAUCUAUUGAUACGAAUGGACGCGAUAAGAAGCCCACGUUUGUUCCAUUCACUGGAUACUACAUAUUGGUAGAAGAUGCAACAAAUGUGCAUUGUCCAGUGCUGAUAAAAGAAUACACAAAAGAAACAUUUGGAGAGAAACCCAAAGUUAUACCAUGGCCAACACUGAGAAAAAAGAGAACAAAAGCACAAGCAGACGCUAAACAAAAUAGAGAACAACCAGAAGCCACACAAAAUAAUAACGAUAAGAAUGAGAAGCAAAAAGAAACGACAGCAGAGUGCAAUAAAAAUAAUGACAACAAGCAAUCAUCGAAACAUGAUGACGACCAAAGGACAAAUAAGAAGAAUGAUCACACAGAUCCAACGAAUAAAGAAGCCGAUAAAGAAGUAGACAGCCAUAAUCACAUCGAUGCGAAAUUAAACAAACCUAAUGAUGAUACUCGCACAGAAAUGAAGAAGCCGAUUGACAAUAGUAAUGACAUCAAUACAAAACCAAAGAACUCUCUAGAUAAUAAUGAUAAAAAGACUGAUAAUGAAAAAGAUGAAUACAAAUCCAUCCAAGUUGAAUCAAAGCAAGCAAGUAGCAUCUCUGCAGCAAUGCCAAAAUUAACAAAUCAAGAUAAAGAAUCUGUUUGCCCAAAUAGAAACCAAGAUGAUACAGAUACAGCCGAUGCUAGCAAUGUAGAUAAGACGAAGGAAAAAGCUGUUACAGAUCAAGAAAAGACACAAAAGCAAGCACUAAAAAGAAAAAGAGAUUCAGCUCAGGAGGAUGACUCACCAGCGACAAAUAACGAUAAUAAGCUAAAUCAAACAGCAAAAGAAGAUACUCAGGAGGCAAAAAGACAAAGAUGUAAUAAUGAUGACAACAGUCAACCCAAUGUAAAUAAAGAAAAAGAAGCAGACAACGUAAAGAAAUCUAAGGAACAACAAGAACAAAAUCAGAAAGGAGAAAAAAGAAAAAGAGAUGUUGACUUACAGUAUUGUGAGAAUUGUAACGAGAGAUUUAGUAUAUUAACAGAGCAUAUCAAAGCUCCAAAGCAUUUGGCAUUCAUUAAAAAUGUUGACAACUUUGCAGAGCUUGAUCGAGUAUUGAAAAAAGUAAAAAGACUAUGAUGUAUCAAGUAUAAACCACCCCAAAGGAAUAAAAAAAAAUGAGUUAGCUAUUGUAGCUCUUUAUUACUUGUAUUGAUUUGCCUGUGUAAAUAAGGAGGGGAAAUAGUAACCCAAACUGCA